UGGGGCCCGGCUUCCUGAAGGGAGGAUGGGCUAGGGCAGGCACAGUGCCGGAGAAGAUGCCCUCUUGGGCCCUCUUUGUGGUCACCUCCUGCCUUCUCCUGGCCCCCCCAAACCAGGCACAAGUCACCAGCCAAGAUGUCUCCUUGCUGACCUCGGACUCAAAGCCCCUGAACUGUUUCUCCCAAACAUUUGAGGACCUCACUUGCUUCUGGGAUGAGGAGGAGGCAGCACCCAGAGGGACGUAUCAGCUGCUGUAUGCCUACUCAGGAGAGAAGCCCCGUGCCUGCCCCCUGAGUUCCCAGAGCGUGCCCCCCUUUGGAACCCGAUACAUGUGCCAGUUGCAAGCCCAGGAUGAAGUACGCCUCUUCUCUAAGCUGCACCUCUGGGUGAAGGAUGUGUUCCUGAACCGGACUCUGACUGAGUGGGUGCUGUCUGUGGAUACUGUGGGCCUGCCAGCUCCUCCCAGUGUCAUCAAGGCCACAGGCGGGAGCCAGCCAGGGGAACUUCACCUACACUGGGAGGCUCCGGCUCCCGAAAUCAGUGACUUCCUGAGGCACGAACUCCGCUAUGGCCCCGUCGACCCCAGGAACACCACUGACACCAGAGUCAUACAGCUGCUCCCCACAGAGACCUGCUGCCCCACUCUGCGGAGGCUGAACCCAGCCCCUGCUCUGGACUGGCCUCCGUGUGUUCAACCCACAGCACCCCAACAGGAUGGGCCAAAGCAGACUUCCCCAACUGGAGAAGCUCCAUCUCUGCCUGUGACGGGUGGAAGCUGCCUCAUUUCCGGACUCCUGCCUGGCAAUUCUUACCGGCUCCAGCUGCGCAGCCAACCUGAUGGAAUCUCCUUCAGUGGCUCCUGGGGACCCUGGUCCCUCCCUGUGACUGUGGACCUGCCUAAGGAUGCAGUGGCAAUUGGACUGCAAUGCUUUACUUUGGACCUGAUGAAUGUCACCUGUCAGUGGCGGCAACAGAACCAUACUCGAUCCCAAGGCUUCUUCUACCACAACAAGGUCAAGUGCUGCCCUAGAGACAGGGACCCCAUCUGGGAGAAGUGUGAACAGGAGAAGAAAACAAAUCCAGAAUUACAGCUCCCUCAGCUCUCCCACUGCCACUUCAAGUCACGAAAUGACAGUAUUAUUCACACCCUUGUAGAAGUGACCACAGCCCAGGGUGUGGUUCAUAGCUACCUUGGCUCGCCUUUCUGGAUGCACCAGGCUGUGCUCAUCCCCACCCCAAACCUGCACUGGAGGGAGGUCUCCAGCGGGCAGCUGGCAUUGGAGUGGAAGCACCCGUCAUCUUGGGCAGCCCAAGAAACCUGCUAUCAACUCCGGUACAUUGGAGAAGGCCAUCAGGACUGGAAGGUGCUGGAACCGCCUCUCGGAGCCCGGGGAGGGAGCCUGGAGCUGCGCCCGCGAUCUCGCUACCGCUUACAGCUGCGCGCCAGGCUCAACGGCCCCACCUAUCAAGGCCCCUGGAGCGCCUGGUCCGAGCCGGCGAGGGUGGAGACAGCCUCGGAGCCGGCCUGGAUCUCCUUGGUGACCAUUCUGCUCCUGGUGCUGGGCCUCAGUGCCCUUCUUGGCCUGCUGCUGCUGAGGUGGCAGUUUCCUGCGCACUACAGGAGGCUGAGGCAUGCCGUGUGGCCCUCACUUCCAGAUCUGCACCGGGUCCUUGGCCCGUACCUUAGAGAUACCGCAGCCCUGAGUAUGCCCAAGGCCACAGUCACAGAUACCUAUGAAGAAGUGGAGCCCAGCCUGCUGGAGAUCCUACCUAAACCCUGUGAGAGGACGCCCUUGCCCCUGUGUCCUUCCCAGGCCUGGACAGACUACCGAGGACUGCAGCCUUCCUGCCGAGGGGCUGCGCCCCUGUCUGUGUGCCCACCCGUGGUUGAGUCAGCAUCCUGCCGUACUACACACAUUGCCAACCAUUCAUACCUACCGUUAAGUUGUUGGCAGCAGCCCUGAAAACAAAUCUCUCCUCCUAGGACCCGAGACAGACCUAGACUUCUCAAUAAACUGCCCUUAACCUAUCCCAACACUGGCACCUCAGACUUUACCUCCAACCCCCAUCUUCCAGCCUGGUUGGGCUUCUCAGCACUGAUCUUUCCAUACUGCUCUUGACAAAUCCAGAACGCUUUUUCCAGAUAGGCUCCUUUGAGCAAGGCCCUCUGACUUUCACCCUCCCUCUCUCCUCUUGAAUGCCGAACUCUGUGAAAAGAGUCCCCGCUUUCCCACCAAUUCUUCAGAGACUUCAGUUAGUUCCUCUAUUCCCACCUUGCUAAUAAAACUGCCCAGACAAAGUUCCUUUCAGAUCUUCUUGUUGCAAGUUUCAAUAGGAUCUUGUUAACCAUCAGUUUAUUUGAUCUCUCUGUGGCCUUUGUUGUGGUUGAUUCCUCAUUUCUCCUUUAAAUUCUCUUCCACUUUGGCUUCCAUAGUGUCAGCUUCUCUCCUAGUUCUACACCUGUCUGAGUAUACUGGAAGUUAAAAAGAAUAAACGUGGAGUCCAUGCUAGGUUCAGCUCCUGCCUUUCAUACUUGCUACCUGUGCAACCUCAGACAAAACUGAAUGUCUUUGAGCCUUCCUUUCUCGUGCAUAAAAGAGACAAUAACAAUCCUCCGCAGUUGUGAAAAAUACAGAGAUAACCUACAGCACCCUAGGAAAUGGUAAAUGCUUAAUAUAUUGGAACUACUAUUGUAAUUAUUUUCUUAAUUUCAUAUUCUGGCAGAUUUUCCUAUCCUUAAUUAUUGCAGUCCUUCAAGCUUCCUUUUUUUUGGACAAUGCUGGGGUUCAAACCCAGCACUUUGCACAGGUGAGGCCCAUGCUUGACCGCUUAGCUACAUCCUCAUGUCUAAGACUCCAUUAAUUCAAUGUCCAAUCCCAUCUUUUCUCAUUGUUUUUACUAUAUGUUGGCCAUCCCAAAAUUAACUCCAGCUCAGACUUAACUACAGCAUCUGUGAUGUUUUAUGCAAGUAAUUGUUUACUUAUCUGCUUCCUGCUACUAGACUGUGAGCUCCUUGAGGGCAAGGGCCAUGACUUAUCUGUCCUUUUUUUCUCUAGCACCUAGAACAGUGAUGACAAAACUUUCAGAGCUUUUACAACAACCUGCUGCAGCACACAUGCCAUAGCUUCGCCACCACUGACCUAGUGGUGUAUGAAAGUAGGCCUUCAACAAAUGAAUAAAAUCUUUUUGCAAAGUA